UGCGGCGGAGCUGAUUAGAUUGCGGAUCGGCGGCACGCGUUUCCGACUUGAGGGGCCGUUCUUGAACUCUCAAGGACCUCGAAAGCUUCACCAUGAGGGUCUGUGUCAUUGGAGCCGGAGCGGCCGGCUUAGGCUGUGCUUAUCAUUUGAACAAGUUGAGCAUCGAUCACGUCGUAUAUGAACAAUCAGACUCUGUGGGUGGAACAUGGGUGUAUUCGGAAGAGACAGAUGUGCACUCAAGUAUGUAUCGUGAUCUGCGAACAAAUUUGCCCAUCGAAAUAAUGGGUUACCCCGGCUUCCCAUUCCCGAAACGAGACAAGUCGUUCGCUCAUCACUCUGUCGUGCUGGACUAUUUUCGAAAUUUCUACGAGGAAAACGUCGCUCCCUCUGGGAACGUAUCCUUCAAUUCGAAAGUCACGAGCGUCCGCCGCGAAGAUUCGACGUGGGCCGUGACCUGCGUUGUCGACGGGCGAGAAAAGAAAACAGAAUUCUUCACGCAUGUUCUAGUUUGUAAUGGCAAAUAUUCGGUACCCCGAGUCCCCGAAAUAGAUGGAGUAGAAACAUUCAGCGGAACGAUAGAACACAGUCACAAUUAUCGGCAGGCAGACGCUUACCGUGGUAAACGAGUGCUCAUUGUGGGCUCUGGCUACUCUGGUAUCGAUAUAGCCCUCGAAAUAUCAAUCGUGGCCGAUGCGUGUUUUCUCUCUAAACGGUCUCGCGACCCUCUGAGGCUUCCGUCCCGUAUCGUCCUGAAGGACAACAUACUCCGAAUUCGAGGGAGCGAAGUUAUAUUCGAAGGAGAUUCCAUCGAAAUCGAUUGUAUAAUCUAUUGCACGGGAUACAUGAUUUCGGUUCCAUUUUUGAAUGAUCUCGUCACUGUCAAAGAAGGCUACGAAGUUUGUGAUCUCUACAGACAGUGUCUCUCAAUCGCUCAACCUACCCUGGCUCUUAUCGGAUUACCCUCUUUCGUCAUACCCUGCCUAGUUUUCGACUUCCAGAUCCGUUGGGUUCUCGCAGUAUUCACGGGAAAAUGGCCAUUGCCUAGUGUCGAUGAAAUGAGAAAACAGUGCGAUGAAAAUAUGACAAAGAGAAUCCUCUGUGGUAGAGGAGACCUUAAGUUCACUCAUAAUCUGCGAGGGAUUCACCUGUGGAAUUACUUGGACACCUUUGCUUCAGACGGUUUAGGAAUUGUGGACCCGGCGAUACGGCGCGCUUAUGAAGCAACAGCCGCAGCGAGGACCAGGAGCAUCGAGAACUACAGGGACGAGUUAUUAUUGGACAUCGGCGCUUCUACAAUUUCCACUCAGAGCUUCAGACCCAGAGAAGAGACGACGCUCUCCGAAAGCAUGGGGGUAGAAUGUAGAAUGUUAUUUAAUGAGUUGAAUAAAUCUAAGGAAUCGAACAGGCGCCGCGCCGUCCUAUCACGAGCAACACUCGACAGACAGUCGUAA